UAAAAAAAAGUGUCAAGUGUCAGUUGGCAAUGUUGGUAAAUAAACAAAAUAAAAACUAUGAUUAAAUUAGGCGUUUAUUAAUUAAUGUCAUCAUAUUUAAUUAUAAUUGUAAAUAAUACAUAAUUGUAAGAUUAAUGGAUUUAAGUAGAUGUAGGUUAUGUUUACAAGAUAUUGAUGGAAAUAACGGAUUCAGAAGUUUAUUCGAAACACUUGAAAAUGAUACUGUGAUAAUAGGUGAUAAAGUUGCGACGUUAACAAAAAUUGAAAUACAUCCUGAUGAUGAUUAUCCAAAAUCUAUUUGCAACACUUGUGUUAAAAAAUUAAAUGAUUGCAUAGAAUUUAUUGAAUUAUGCCAACAAUCAGAUAUUAAACUUAAGAAUGUGAAAGUUGAGAGUGAUGAUGAAUUAUACAUUGAUUUAGAUGUAAAAGAAGAAAACGUAGACUCAAAAUGUGAAAUUGUAACAAACGAUGACAUAAAUAACACUCAAGCUACAAAAUCAAGGAAACAACAGUGUUCUACUUGUGGAAAAGUUAUGUCCUCUAGGUACCGACUUAAAACACAUUUAGUUACACAUACAGGAGAGCGGGCAUUUCCAUGCACUCAGUGUGGAAAGAAAUUCUCACUUGCACAGACUCGCAAUGUCCAUAUGAGGAUUCAUACGGGUGAGAAACCAUUUCGAUGUUCAAUCUGUGGCAAUGAAUUUGCACAAUCAUCUGGAUUGAUAGCUCACAAACGAAAACACACCGGUCAACUGCCAUAUUCAUGUAAAUUGUGUCCGAGGCAAUUCAGAACUAUAGGACAUCUACAGUAUCAUGUUCGGCAUACAGGUCAAAAGAAUUUCGAAUGUGAUACAUGCGGCAGAGCAUUUAUCACCCGCCAUCAUAUGAAACAACAUCUCUUAACACAUUCUAGUGAGAAGCGACUUGUAUGCUGCGUUUGUGGCUUACGACUUAGUAGAACUUCGAAUUUAAAACGACAUAUAAGACUCGCUCACAACGGCGUCGAUACACUUCAAGAUUCGAAAGUGAUAUCCAAAAAGCAAGAUAUCAGCAAAGAAACUUAGGAAAAGAUAUACCUACUACAUACCUAUAAAAAUAAAUAUUUUACGUUCAAAACAUGUUUAAAUAAAAUUUAUAUAAUUUUAA